AAUAAUACAAAUACCAACCUCUUAUUUUAACUAUACGAAUUCGGAGAAGUUAGACUACCAUGAUCCAUUUAUACAUUUCGCAAGAACAAUUCCUAUACAACUCAAACAAGGUCUAACCAAUCGUGUCAACUUAAUAACGAUAAAUUACGCUCAACUUCCAACAUGGUCAACUUCCUCAGAGCCACCAUCAUAUUUAUCCUCAAACUUAAAACUCUACAUUGGUUUUGUUUUCAAUCCUGAACAAUCAAAUCGAUUAAUAGAUUAUGGACCAUCUCCUGAAGAUGAAACAGCAGCCUCACAAUUUCGAAAAUUGUGGGGAAAAAAAGCAGAAGUACGAAGAUUUAAGGAUGGUAGUAUACUAGAAUGUGUGGUUUGGAAUGUUAAAGGAAUUGAAGAACGCAGUCUUAUUGUUAGUCGAAUAGUCCAAUAUCUACUUAAUCUCCAUUAUGGAAUAAAAAAUAAAGGAAUUCAAUAUUUUACAGGGCAAUUAAAUGAAAUUGUUAUACCUUCAACAAAUCUUCCAAAAAGUAUUUAUAAUAAGAAUGGAAUUACAAAUGGAUUUCGAGAUGUAAUGCAAGCAUACGAUAAAUUAGUUAAACAAUUUAUGGCAUUAGAAAAUAUUCCUUUAAGAUUUUCUGGUAUUCGAGCUGCAAGUCCAACAUUAAGAUAUACUUCAAUAUUUAUUCCUCAACCACUUGCUCUCACAACUACGAAAAUAUCACAUUAUAUAGAUCCAAUUGAAAUUAUAAUUCAAUUUGAACAUUCUGCAAGAUGGCCUGAUGAUCUUGUAGCCAUACAAAAAAUGAAAAUUGCAUUUUAUAUACGACUUGCAUCACAAUUAGAACUUCAAUUUCCAGGAACUUGUGCUACGGUAGUAGCAGAUAAUAGCGAUAUGAUCAUUUCAGAAGCAUAUAUGGAUGUAAUUUCUGAUUCAAGAUUCGUGUUCAGAUGUAGAAUUUAUAAUGAACGAGAAAUAACAUUGUUGGAUCGUGGAAUUAAUGAUAAAAAAUCUAGUAAGCUUAAAAAAGAUACAUAUACGAAAGCUUUAGAAAUAGAGAAACAGAUGUUUGUAGAAAUUCCAAUGCAUACUUUACAAAUUCAGACUCUUUGCAAUAAGUGGCCAAGUUUGUCAUUGACUAUUAGACUUACAAAACGAUGGUUUAGUACACAUAUGUUGAGUGAUCAUGUUGAAGAAGAAUGGAUUGAAUGUCUGUCUUCACAAGUUUAUUUAGAACCAUGCCCUUGGAAUAGACCUGGUAGUGGAUUUGUAGGGUUUCUUCGAGUUUUAAAAUUGAUAUCUUCUUGGGAUUGGAAUAACGAAGCAAUGAUUGUGGAUUUAAGUGAAGAAAACAAAAGUUCUUUAAAAAAUAGUACAAACGAAAAUAAAAUUGAAGAUAUUAAACAAAGGUUUAAGAAUUUAAGGGCAUCGGAUGGAAGUUGCAAGCAUGGAUUAAUGUUCAUAGGCAUUACUAGUGGAAAUGUUUGGGGGAUUGAGAAACCUAGUAAAGUUGUCGCCAAUAGGAUAAAAGAAUUGGCCAAAUCUGCGCUUUUGUAUGCCGACGAAAUAAUAGAGAAGGGGGAAAAUAGGGA